UGCUAAAGAAUCAAACAAAGUGAAAGUAGGACAAUAUAAGCAGCACAGACUGACAGAGCACAAAAUCGUGACAAUGAAGCGCCGAUUUCCUCCAUAUAAUCCAGCAAAUGGUGUACGGACAGAUUUUGAAGCUCUUUUACAACGAUUUACAGAAACUGAUUCAGUAAGAUAUGAGGAAUUCGCUGAAAUAUGGAAAGACAUGAAAUUUUCCCAAAUAUACGCGGGACGACAAGACGAUAGAGAAGCGCAGGACUUUGUUGACGAGUGUUUGAAGAUAGCAUUAAAAUUUUACUUACCACCAUGCAGUUUUCAAAUUCGGGUCGGUGGUUUGUACAUCUUAUAUGGGAUAUACUUCACCCAGCCAAUUCUUAGGAAACGGAAAAUUCGAGUGAUACCAGAUAUUUGGAAUAAAAUACUGGAAUUUCAAGCCGAGGCUCAUUUACAGGAGCAUUUAGAUGUUGAAUUCAUAUUUCACAAGUUGAGAUAUUUUGAAGCGUUUGAGUUUUGUGCAACAGAGUCGCAUGUGUACCCAAACAAAAGUGACACUAUAGUGGAGGAUGCAACGACACGGGAGGAGUUCAAAGAAGAACAGAGCAUGUUGUAUGACUUAUUCUCCACUGACGUGUUAGAACAGUUAGCGGCUGUCCAUCAGCAUUACCAUCACAUGAAAGUGGCCAUGGAGAACCAGAAAAACAUCAGCCGUGGAGGAAAAGAGACAGACAUGCCAGCAAAAUCCUUAGAUGUUAUUCAACAAGACUUGGUGCCGAGCAUCACAAAAGCUGUCAUUCACUAUCAAGAAAAAAGGAAGACUGUGCUCAACACUAAGAAACACACUGCGGAGACAGAAUCUGAGGAUGAACAUGAAGGGGAUUACUCUGUGUUUUUACAUAUAGGAGAAGGAUCAUCUCGUCAGUCAUCUGUUAAGUCUAAGGCCUACAAAAAGUUGGCCAAAUCUAGCAGGUCGAGGAGGCACAGACAAACUCAAGAGGAUAGUAGUGAAACUGAGGACAGUCCACAGAAAAGAAGAAGGAAGCAGAGAACAUCCUCCACAGGGAGGGGCCAAAACCAGGAAUCACAAAUAGAGAGCAGUUAUGAUACAGAUGGUAAUCAAGUCAAAGAUGAAGCUGCAAAAUUUGAUGAACAUGGAGACACCAUUUUAAUGAGUAUGCCCACACUUACUGAGGAGGAGCCCUCCAAAAGCACUGCAAGUUGCAAAGGAAAGUCCCCUCAGAAGGGGAAAAAGUCUGCCAAGACCACAAGGUCAAAAGGAUCUAAGGGAACCAAGUGCAAUCCACCACCUCGGGUGGCUCCUGAUGAAGAUUCAAACAUAAAGCCAUCAAAGCUGAGAGUCAAACUGAAAUCUGGUGCUAAAGCACGGGGUAGACCCCAAAAACGUACAUAAAUGGAAGAAAUAGAAACAGAAAGUGAUGUGACACUGUACUAAAUAGUGAUGCUGAUGGUUUAAUGUUAUCGGUGCAUGAUGAAUGCAGACAUGAAGGCCUUGUACAAUUCAUAAGAUAUACAUCAGCGAUGCAGCUGUUAAGGCUAAAAAUAUAAAUUAUUGUGUUUUCACUAACAUUCAAGUCACAAACUUCAUUUUAAGAGUUACAAAGAAACAUUCUGAAUAUUUUCUGAUCACAAGAUAAAUGUUGGAAGUCUAUUAACAUAAUCAACAUGAGGGACUCAUUUUCAAUGCAGCUGUUGAAUAUGAGCACUUCAGUAUAUAACCCACAAAGUAAUUUAAGGUCAGUUGGGUUAGUGGAAACGGAGCAAUUUUUAACAAAGUUUGGGGGUAUACUGGAAUCACCCUGUCCGUCUGUUUGUCCAUAGACAUCAUUUUUCCAGAGGAUAUCUUUAAAACACCUAUGAACAGAUUUCAUUAAACGUUAUGUACAUAUCUUUUAUAUGAAUUGUGAAGUUGUGCAUCUGCUAUUUUGAGUGAGAUAUUUUAAUAUUCAAGGAGUUAUGGAUAUUUUUUUCCAUUUUGAUGGGGUGUUGUCAGUUUCCAGAGUAUAUUUUAAAAACUAACGAACAGAUUUGAUUAAAAUUUUGUGUAUAUAUUAUGUAUAUAAUGAAAUUGUGUCCCUGACAUUUUUAUCGAGAUUCAAUUUCAUUAACAUUCAAGGAAAUUAUUGAUAUUUUCAUUUUACGGGUGUUUUUUCAACUUCAUUGACUUAGUCGUUUUCAUUUACAUUUUGUAAUGAUCAGGGGGUAUUAGUCCCGGACCCUCGGUAGGACAGUUCCACAUGUAGUUAUUUUAGGCCUGAUGUAUUUUCAAUAUUCAUUGACCUACGCAUUGCAAUCUGUACCAGGAACUUAUUAAACAUGUUUAAAUCUGUACUAAGUAAUUCUUGGUAAUUACUUGGAGAUGAAACAGUACUGAUGUUAAUGGUUUCUUGUUCAUGAUGAAUAAAUUUUCUUGUGUUGAUGCUUAAAGAUUGAAAAUUUAGAGGGGGUAUUUUGAAAAAAAAUAUUUUUAUUUUUUUAUGUUAAACAUUAAAAACUGAAUUCAUUUAAUGUUGACUGCCAAAAUUUGGACCUUCUGAAAGCAUGAAUAAAUUUACAGCAAUAUGUUAGCCUUAACUCUGCUAUUAGAUGACACAUUUUACUGAAAGAAUACUUGAAAUGUGAUAGAUAUAAUAAACUGAGAUCGAUAUCCACUUAUUUUGAAAACUUUGUAAACAAUAAUAUACCACUAUCUUUGUUUACAAAUUAAAUAAUAAACUCUUUAAAAUGAGCUUCUUUGGUCA